AUGUGGCUCUACCUGGUGGUUCUCCUGGUCCUGUGGACCCUCCUGCGCUUGUUCAGGGAGAGGCAGGUGGUGAGCCAUCUCCAAGACAAGCAUGUCUUCAUCACGGGCUGUGACUCGGGCUUUGGGAACCUGCUGGCCAGACAGCUGGACAGGAGAGGCAUGAGGGUGCUGGCUGCAUGUCUGACAGAAAACGGAGCUGAGGAGCUGAGGAGCAAGACAUCAGACAGGCUGGAGACAGUGAUCCUCGAUGUCACCAAGACAGAGAGCAUUUCUGGUUACUGCAUCUCCAAGUAUGGUGUAGAGGCCUUCUCGGAUUCUCUCAGGAGGGAGCUCUCCUAUUUUGGGGUGAAGGUGGCUAUUAUAGAGCCUGGAGGCUUCAAGACUUGUGUGACCAGUAGUGACAGGAUAUCGCCAAAUAUGAAGAUGGUGUGGGACCAGGCCAGCCCAGAAGUCAAAGAAAUCUAUGGCGAGAAGUUUUUGUUAUCCUAUCUGUCAGUGAUAAAGUUAUUGGAUCAAAACUGCAGUGAGGACCUCUCCUUGGUGACGGACUGCAUGGAGCACGCGCUGACUUCCCGUCACCCUCGCACCCGGUACUCAGCUGGUUGGGAUGCCAAGCUCUUGUUUCUCCCUGUGAGCUACCUGCCCACCUUUCUUGUGGAUGCCAUGUUCUAUUGGAUAUCCACAAAGCCUGACAAAGCUCUGUGA